AUGGCAGAGUCAAGUGAUAAUCUUAAGGAUGUGUAUAAUGAUAUUUUUAAGAUCAAUGACUAUUUUUAUGAGGGGGAGCAAGGUCAAUUAAUACUUGAUGAAGCACACGGAUCAAUCGACAAAUAUUGUGAUUACGGAAGUAGCUCAGGAAAUGGUAAAUGUCAAAAUGAUUAUUUAAAAAUGGCUAGUUCUGGUAUUAUUCAUUUGCUAACAAAUUUAAAGAACUAUGGUUUAGAAAAUGAUAAACUUGCCGAAUACGCUAUUUUAUUUUUAAGUUAUAAACUAAAUCAAAAUGAAAAAAAUAAAUUGACCGAUUUAAACGAAUUUUAUACUAAAUAUAUAGAAACAAAUAAGUAUUAUAAUAAUAAAAUAAAAGAUAAUGGUAGUUCAACUUAUAAGGAAAUUAUCGAUACAAAUAAUGAUUUGAUGAAUAUUAAAGAAAUAUCUAAAUUCGAUUAUCCAUUUGGUAUAUUAUUAUUAUUGUAUCAUGUAAUUAAAAAUAACAAACUGGAUUGCAAAAAAUAUUCGAAAGAUGCUAAUGAUUUUGUUCAAAAUUUUGAAGAACUCAAUAAUGAUUCUAAUAAUAUAAAAGACAGUCCAUUUAGUCAACUAUUGUCUACAAUAUCAGAUGAUUAUAAGAAUUUAAUAAAUAAAUAUGGUAAUAAAUGUACCAAUUUUAAAUCACUUCCAGAAUUAACCCCUAAAGAAAAUCCUGUAGGAAAUUCUGAACAACCUACUGUACUAAGUCCUGAAGCUACACCAUCAAGUUCAUCGAUAUUAAACACUGUAAUUCCAGGUUUAUCGACAUUUGCAAUACCAAUUUUCUUGGGAGUUGCUUAUAAGGUAAAUAAUAAGGAAUUAAAACUAUAA